AUGAAAAUCGCGCUCCACCAUUACGGCGGUCGAGCACUGCGGCUCGUAGCUGAGAUUGAAACCGGCAUCGCUGAAGAUAACUUUGUGCUACGAGCCUGUAGUUUCAUGCCUAAAGGAACUACAAGGAAAAUCGUCCUUCCUGUGUGCAGCGCGCUGUUUUUUCAGCGAACUCUCCAAGAGGACGUCGAGAGGAUUUGCCGACGUGAGCAGAGGCGGGGGCACGCAGACCACGAGGAAGGGUGCGAGGCGAGGAAGGGACGCGCGAAGGAGAUGAGGGUCGCGAGGCAGGACGAGCAGGCUGUGUGA